GGAAGAAAGAGGAGAGGAGGGAGAGGGAGAUGGAGGGAUCCGUGUGAGGCGGAGGGAUCCACAGAGGUGCACGGCACCCCCUCAGCGGGCACCGCCCCCGCGCGUCCCUCCGCCGGCGCCAUGGUGGUGCUGAGGCGCGGUGCCGGGACUCGCCGGUCGCCCGCGGCCGCCAUGGACGUGAGCUCCGAGUUCCUCUCGCUGCAGCCCGGCGGCAGGAGGACGAGCAGGGAGAGAGCAGCCCCGGCUGAUUAUUCUUCUGGCAGUAUUGAGUGUUUCAAUGGACACUGUUUAAGGUCAAUGAGAAAAAGCAUCCUGCGAUGUUCAGACUCCAGCUUUGAGGAAAGUAUGGCGAUACUGAGUGAAAAUGUCAACAGAGGACACUUUUCAAGGCAGUUGACAAAGCUGAAAUCAGACCGAAAAAAAGAAUAUAAUGCAGUCACCAGAACGCUGAGGACCAGAGAUGAUGCAAAAACUGCGAGACGAGUCCAUGGAGAAAAUGGGGGUUUGGAGCUGCGCCGAAGCUGUAGAGUUCGACGAAGUCGUUACCCUACUACAAACUCAUCCGUUCUGUUUGACAAAUUUAUAACAAAUACUGCAGAAGUCGUGUUGCAAAAAAUGGAUGAAAUAGAGCAGAUCCGUAGAUGCCGAAGGCGACGUUGGGAAGACGUUGAGGAAAAGCUUGGUAUCUUCACCUGUGUGAAGCCAGACUUUGAAAGAACUGCUAAACCUAGCAAUCCAGAUGAGAUUGUUGUGCAAACGUCAGGAGAAAGUGAGAAUAAAGAAAAUGAUGGUGAAGACAUUCCAAAGCGUUACAACCUUCGACAGAGGAAACCUGUUGAGCGCUAUCAAGCUCCACUGGAAAUAAAACCAAAAGAGCAAGAGAGAACUUAUCCGGACCAGCCCCCUUCUGUCAGACAGAAAGAGACACUUGAAAAUUCUGGGUCACAAAAAUCUUGCGAUAGAAGACGUACCAGACGGAGACGUGGAGCCUCCACCAGUGAUUCUACACCCUCUUGCUCAUCUCCCUCACUUGAUAGCACAUGUGAUACGGAUGAGAGUGGUGAGAGCAGUGAGGACAGCGAGAGCACAUCUACAAGAAGGGAUUUUCCAGUGAAACUUCAGAAACGUGACCUAAAGAGAGUUCAGAGGGACCAAAAGAAAGUUGGAGGAAGUCAGGGUGAUCAAAUGCAAAUAGAUAGUGCGCUUGGAUUUGAUAAUGUGGGUGGUCUUUCAGAACACAUCGCAGCUUUAAAAGAGAUGGUGAUUUUUCCCCUCCUCUAUCCAGAAGUCUUUGAGAGAUUCAAUAUUCAGCCCCCAAGAGGCUGUUUAUUCUAUGGUCCCCCAGGAACAGGAAAGACACUGGUUGCUCGUGCUCUUGCCAGCGAAUGUAGCCGAGGUGACAGAAAAAUAUCAUUUUUUAUGAGAAAGGCUUCGGACUGCAUGAGAAAAUAUGUGGGGGAAUCAGAACGUCAGCUUCAUUCGUUAUUUGAACAGGCCUAUCAGAUGCGACCUUCAAUUAUUUUCUUUGACGAGAUAGAUGGUCUCGCUCCUGUGCGGUCCAGUAAACAAGACUACAUUCAUAGUUCAAUUGUCUCAACUCUUCUGACGCUUAUGGAUGGCAUAGAUAACAGAGGGGAGAUCGUGGUAAUCGGAGCCACCAACAGGCUGGAUUCUAUAGAUCCUGCUUUACGAAGACCAGGACGUUUUGACAGAGAGUUCCUCUUCAACUUGCCAAAUAAAGAGGCUAGACAAGAAAUUUUCAAGAUUCAUACUCGUGACUGGAUCCCUAAGCCACCAGAUAUGUUGCUUGAUGAGCUAGCUGAGAAGUGCAUUGGAUACUGUGGUGCAGAUAUAAAAUCCUUAUGUGUUGAAGCUGCGCUGUGCUCUCUGCGUCGAUGCUAUCCUCAGAUUUAUGCAAGUAGGGAGAAAUUGCAACUAGACGUUAAUUCUAUUAAAAUAAAAGCAAAGGACUUUUUUAUGGCUCUGAAGAAGGUUGUUCCAGCAUCAAACAGGAUCAUGGCUUCACCUGGACAAGCACUAUCACCCAUUUUUAAGCCACUUUUUGAAAAUUCAGUAGCAAAUAUUUUACAAGCCGUGCAGAAGAUCUUCCCACAUGCACAGCUUGCGCUAAAGAAGGACCGACAGCAAGACCAUUUAAAUCCUAUUUUACAAGAUGAUAUAUUUGACAGUGAUGACGACGCAUCCCCAGACUCUGGUGAUGAACUAACAGAUAAAAUGCCUGACAGACCAGAGGAAAAAUUCCUCCGUUCCAGCAGGAGUGCUUUCUGCGAACCGACAUCGUGUCGGCCCCAUCUGCUAAUAGUAGGAAAAGCGGGGUAUGGCCAGGUUUCUUACGUGGCACCAGCAGUGUUGCAUGCUUUGGAGAAGUUUCCCGUUCACACCCUGGACCUACCCAUUCUGUUUACAGGCGUUGCACCGCCAGAAGAAAUAUGCGGACAGCUGAUCCGAAAUGCUCAGAAGACAGCACCAAGCAUAAUUUACGUCCCAGAUAUCCAUUUGUGGUGGGACAAUGUUGGACCUGCCUUGAAACUUACUUUUCUAACUCUACUACAGAACAUUCCAGCAUUUUCUCCGGUUUUGCUGCUUGCUACAUCUGAUGUGUGUCACUCAGAUCUCCCAGAAGAGAUCCAAAAAUUAUUUAUUAAGGAAUUUGGAGAAGUUUACAAUAUCGAGUUGCCUGGUAAGGAAGAGAGAACAAAUUUUUUUGAGGACAUAAUUCUAAAUCAAACUGCUAAGCCUCCUAUAAAGAAAGCAGUUCAUCGGACAUUGGAAGUCCUGCCUGUAGCACCACCACCUGAGCCUCAAGAGCCACCAGAGGAAGACGUAGGACUGCUGGAGGAGGAAGAGGAGGAUACCUUGCGUGAACUUAGAAUUUUCUUGAGGGAUGUUACUCAGAGACUUGCCACUGACAGACGUUUCAAGGAAUUUACAAAGCCGAUUGACCCACAGAAGGUACCUGAUUAUGCAACAAGGAUUAAAGAGCCGAUGGAUCUUUCAACAGUUCUGACUAAAAUCGACUCGCGCCAAUACCUCACUGCAGGAGACUUCCUGAAGGAUAUCGAUCUAAUCUGUAAUAACGCCUUAGAAUACCACCCAGAUCAAAGACCUGCAGGUCGUCACAGAGCCUAUACUUUGCAAGACACUGCAUAUUCUAUGGUGAGGAACGAAAUGGAUGCAGAGUUUAGGCGACUUUGUGAUGAAAUUAAAGAAUCACGUGAGAAAAGAGGUCGCACCUCUCCAGUGCGUGCUCCAUGUAACGACUCCGAGCCACCACAGCAAAAUCCUGCUACUGAAUACAACAAACCAGAUCAAGACAGUAAUGCAAAUGCGAAGAUGAGAGCGGCACCUGUAGAUGCCAGUACACCCCUUCCUAAUGGUGUGUCAGAAAGAAAGCGCAGAAGGAACAAAUGUGCACGUGCUGUAGCAAAGAGAAGAAGAAGUUUUCAAUGCAAUAAAGAGAACAGAGUACCGAUAGAUGACCAAAACGAUAGUGGCGAAGAAGAGUUUCUAGAAAAACAUGUUUCUGGCAUAUAUCACACUAAACAUGGUGCUGAAAAGGAGAGUGCCAAGCUUGCUGGAUAUUCAGCACAAAGAUGGGAAACUCUAGAUUCUGAAGAGGAAAGUUCAAAUGAUUCUUGGACACUUCAAAUGACUCCUACCCAACGUUCUCGGGUAGAACAGCAACAGAUGAGUGUUGAGAACAACGUGGAAGCUUCUACAGAGCCAGACCAUGUAGUUAUUGUGGAUCGUUAUGAGCUCAAAAAACUGUUCCACGCUGUCAUUGAGCUAACUAAGGGAUUUGACAUAUUUCACUUGGAAAAAGUUUAUGGCAUGAUUAAUCAGUGUAUAUACAAACAUCGGGAAGACUAUGACAAAACUGGUUUGGUGGAGAUGAUUUCUGAGUUGUCAGAACUCAGCAGAAAUCUGUGUGAGGCAUCCAUGGUCCAAGUCAGGUGUUCCCAGUAUAUACUGGAUAUUCAGUCUUCAGAUUCAAGAUCCUUGAACCCAUUUGUCUUGGAGUUGCUUGUGCUUGAGAACAGAUAAAUUUGUUAUGCCUAUCAGUCUGCCUUAAAAAGAGAGUGCCUCUUUUUUUAGGCACUGGUCAUCUCGAUCUCUUCCAGAUCCGAUAAAGAGUUAGAAUGGACACUCUGUUCUGCCUGUGAGAGGAUUAUUUGCACUCAGGGAGGCCACUCCUGAAAAAGA